AUGAGCUCUUUAAUCUUAUCCUCCUCAAACUCAACUAGUACAGAUGGUUGUGUAGUUUGCCCGGAUAAACCAGAAUGCCCAUCUUGUAAUGACGACGAAUUAUGUGUUUUGACUCCAAUGACUUGUUACUCAUGUCCAACUACCUAUUGUGCACAAAAUACAAACAGCACCACUCUAGGAAACUCAACUAACAAUGGUUCAAAUUCAAAUAAUGGUUCAGGUCAUAAUGGUAGUGUCCCUGCCAUCGUAGGUGGUGUAGUAGGUGGAAUCGUCGCUUUAUUCUUAAUUGCAACCUAUUUCCUAUAUAAAAAAUAUUGGAAACCUAAAAAAGAUGCUGAGAGGAAAGAAGAUAGCGAUAAAAGAUUGAGCAAACUAUUAGGAUCCGUGUACGACGGAGAUCUGGAAGACCUUGAAGAUGACGACGACUUGUUCUCAGAUGAUGACGACUUAUUAUCUGAAGAUAACGAUGAAGUACCUGAUUUACCAGGAACAUCCACACAGGGUCAAUACGGUUCCACUCCAGCUAAAUACUCACAUUCAGGAUUCAUAUCAAAGGGAUCAAACAUGAUGCAACCUGGAAACCGUAGCAGUUCUUCUACCUUACAUACCAAGGCUUCAAAUAUUUUACCAAUCGCAUAUAUACCUGGUGUAACUACUGUCGAUGGUAGAGGAAGAACUGUUGUCACAAAAGCUUUCAAAAAUCAUGCUUUAAAUACAACCGGUGAUGUACGUUCUCAUAUUACAUUGGGAUCGUCUAUCUUUGAUAGUAUCGACGGCGACUAUUUGAAUGAUGAUGAUAUCGGAAGUAGAAGAAGUGUAUUGGAAAGCAAUAGUAGUAGCAAUAGUAGCAGCAAUGGUUCUAAAAAGGGAAACAAGUCAAGUGAACAAUUAACUACCGCAAUUCGUGCAAGACCAAGAUUAGUAAAUAUUAAAGAAAAUGGAGAAGAAGGAGGAGAAGCAAUUAGAUCAUCAUCGGAGACAGGAGGAUUAGGACUAGGAGACGACUUCAUGGAAGGUAAAAGUUCUCAGUCAAUGGGAGAAGGCAGUGAUUACAACGGUGAACUCGACUUAACCGAUGAAUUCGAUAGGGCGGAAGAUGAUGACAGUUUUGUUCUUGAUGUUAAAAUAUGA